AUCGGGGCCCCCGGCCUGCGCCCCGAGCCUCCGCCGCCCGGUGCGCGGAGCGGGGAGAGCUUGGCCAUGGCUGCGAGGAGAGACUCGGUGUGGAAGUACUGCUGGGGACUUUUGGUGGUUUUGUGCAGAACUGCGAUCUCCAGGUCGAUAGUUUUAGAGCCCAUCUACUGGAAUUCCUCGAACUCCAAAUUUCUACCUGGACAAGGAGUGGUACUAUACCCACAGAUAGGAGACAAAUUGGAUAUUAUUUGCCCCAAAGUGGACUCUAAAACUGUUGGCCAGUAUGAAUAUUAUAAAGUUUAUAUGGUUGAUAAGGACCAAGCAGACAGAUGCACUAUUAAGAAGGAAAACACCCCUCUCCUCAACUGUGCCAGACCAGACCAAGACGUAAAAUUCACUAUCAAGUUUCAAGAAUUCAGCCCUAACCUCUGGGGUCUAGAAUUUCAGAAGAACAGAGAUUAUUACAUUAUAUCUACAUCAAAUGGGUCUUUGGAGGGCCUGGAUAACCAGGAGGGAGGGGUGUGCCAGACAAGAGCCAUGAAGAUCCUCAUGAAAGUUGGACAAGAUGCGACCUCCAGUUCAGCUGGGUCAGCCAGGCAUAAAGACCCAACCAGACGCCCGGAACUAGAAGCUGGUACAAAUGGAAGAAGUUCAACCACAAGUCCCUUUGUCAAACCAAAUCCAGGUUCCAGCACGGACGGCAACAGCGCCGGACAUUCCGGGAACAAUAUCCUCCGUUCCGAAGUGGCCUUAUUCGCCGGGAUCGCUUCAGGCUGCAUCAUCUUCAUCAUCAUCAUCAUCACGCUGGUGGUGCUGCUGCUCAAGUACCGGCGGAGACACCGCAAGCACUCCCCGCAGCACACGGCCACGCUGUCGCUCAGCACCCUGGCCACGCCGAAGCGCGGCGGCGGCAACAACGGCUCCGAGCCCAGCGACAUCAUCAUCCCGCUGAGGACUGCGGACAGCGUCUUCUGCCCGCACUACGAGAAGGUCAGCGGGGACUACGGGCACCCCGUCUACAUCGUGCAGGAGAUGCCCCCGCAGAGCCCGGCCAACAUCUACUACAAGGGAAAGCAUUUAGAAGAGCAGAGAGCCAAAUCUGACCUAACAGUUUAAAGGCCAAAGGUCAAACAGGCUGGAAUUCCAUCCCCAUGGGCGAUAUUAAAGAAUUCUCAUAUGUAAAAGGUAGGUCAGAGUCCCGUUUCUCCCCCCACCCCAGCCCAGGCCCCUUCCCUGCCGCCCCCCACCCCCCACGGAGCCUUACAACACUUGGGCCUGUCCUGUCUCGGGUGGGUGAAGAGCAUCUGGCAAACCUCUCAGAGUCCUUCAGACGGAAAGACAUGAUGAUGUCGAGGGGAGGAAGGAGCUAGGACGUAUUUAUAGUAGGUAUAUCCAACCCAAGGUGUAGACAGCGCGAGGGUCUUAGUAAUAUGUAUCUGCAGCAUGCACACCAUCCACCCAGAAGAUGUGAAAUUCGUUCGUGGCAAUGAAACGGGCCCCACGUUCAGUGCUUAAAAGAACAAAAUUGGACAGCUGCUUCUGGGAAAAACCACAUCACUCCAAAAAUCACAGUAACGAGAACAAAUACAGAAAUCACCACGUCCUCUGAAGGCGUCUGUCUCACAUAACCCCAGACUAGGAAGCGCAGGCCCCAAACGCCAGGAAAUCGAUGUCCCUGCGUCAUACGUUCACCAGGACAAGGCGUCCGGCAUCCUUUUCUGUGUUGUGAUUUCCCUGCCUUAUGGGCUCACGUGUUCUGAUCCACUGGCCACACCGAGGGGCUCCAGCUGAGAAGUGUAGCUGCCGCGCCCCCCUCCCCGCCCCACGCCCCUCCCACCCGGGAAACAAAAAGAGUAAACAGGAAACCUACUUUUUAUGUGCUAUGCAAAAUAGACAUCUUUAACAUAGUCCUGUUACUAUGGUAACACUUUGCUUUCUGAAUUGGGAGAGAGAAAAAAUGUAGCCACAGCAUUGAAGGUUCUCGAAGCGCCCGUGAAAUACUGGCAAAAAUGAGUCGUCACAGAAAUGAUCCAUCUCUGUUUCCUGAACCUGAAAAUGAUGUCGGUCCAAAGUGCGUGUGUGUGUGUGAGUGGGUGUGUGGUUACAUGUGUACAUAUAUGUAUAAUAUAUAUCGACAAUAUAUAUUAUAUAUAUCUCUCGUGGGUCUGUGGCGGGUUGCCAUGGUGACCAACCACAGCACAUAUGUGAUUCUCUCCAUCACCCCCACCUCUCCUUUCUGUGUCUUCAUGCAAGAUUUUCUUGUUAAGCCAUCGAGAAUUACCUAUGGGGUGGGGGGAGGGCCCAGAAGGGGGACAAUGGGAACUAGUCUGAUUUGAAUGAAAUCAAAUAUUCCUAUCAUCGGUUGGCGACAUUUGGGUUAUAAGCUAAACUGUGAAAAAUCAGAUGAAUCGAUGAAGAGUCACCCGCAACCAGUGGAGAAGUGUCCUGUGCGUCUGUUUGGUGUCUGGUGCAGAAAAUGACAAUCUACCAACUGUCCCUUUAUUUGAAGUUGGUUCAGCUUUGGAAAGUUACUGUAAAUGCCUUGCUUGUAUCUCAUCCCUAGUCACCUGACUUUGGAAUUUGCACCAUAAUGUUUAAGUGAAGAUGCUGUAAAUAGGUUCAGAUUUUACUGUAUAUGGACUUGGGGUGUUACAGUAGCCUUAUUCACCUUUUUAAUAAAAAUACACAUGAAAACAAGACAGAAAUGGCUUUUCUUACCCAGAUUGUGUACAUAGAGCAAUGUUGGUUUUUUAUAAAGUCUAAGCAAGAUGUUUUGUAUAAAAUCUGAAUUUUGCAGUGUAUUUAGCUACAGCUUGUUUAACGGCAGUGCCAUUCCCCUUUGCACUGUAAUGAGGAAAAAAAUGGUAUAAAAGGUUGCCAAAUUGCUGCAUAUUUGUGCCGUAAUUAUGUACCAUGAAUAUUUAUUUAAAAUUUCGUUGUCCAAUUUGUAAGUAACACAGUAUUAUGCUUGAGUUAUACAUAUUUUUUCUUUCUUUGUUUUAUUUGACUAGCCCGUCAUAGGUUUUCAAUCUGCUUUAGUUCCACGUUGCGGUUAGCCCCCCGAAAAUGCAAUCCGUGAAGUCAUAUUCCAUGUCUGUUUCCAACUGAAUUUGUUCUUAAAAAAAUAAAAUAUUUUUUUCCUAUGGAAAAAGUGCCUU